AUGCAAGUUGAUGAUAAAUUUGUCAAGGAGAUGUUCCUGGAGCGCCUGCCCACAGAUGUUCAAACGAUCCUGGCGUCCGGCUCUCAGGAUCUCUCAGUGUCACAGUUGGCUGAGAUGGCCGAUCGAAUGAUAGAGGUGCAACGAUUCCAGUCACCUUCCGUUGCCCAGAUCUCAUCCUCAUCGUCAGUGAAUGAGCAUUUACUAAAACAGGUGUCGGCCAUGGCAGAUGAGAUGGCCUCUCUUAAAAUACAGCUCGCCCGCUUAACUUCCAGUCGCUCACGCAGUCGUCGUCGUUCUCGUUCGCGACCUCGGACUGCUGAUACUUGCUGGUACCACACUAAUUUCGGCGUAAAGGCCCGUCGCUGUUCCUCACCUUGCUCUUUUAAGCCAAAACAGGGAAACCAGUCAGCCAGAGAAUAGAUGCGACCGUUUUCUCUGGCUCCUCCGGCUCUGGUCGUACCUUCUAUGUUUGCGACACUGCGACUCGCAGACGUUUUCUGGUGGACACUGGAGCUCAAAUCAGUGUUGUUCCCCCAACUGCAGCUGAUCGUUGUUUCCCUAGUCCUGGUCUUCAUCUUCAAGCAGCUAACUGUUCCCCAAUUCCCACUUUUGGCAGUCUGUCCCUCACCCUGAACAUUGGCCUUCGUCGGUCAUUUACUUGGAUCUUUGUGAUUGCUGAUGUCCCUCAUGCAAUCCUCGGCUCGGACUUCCUUGCCGAGUUCGAUCUCCUUGUUGACUGUCGACGUGCCCGUCUCCUCGACCGCACAACCGGUCUGUUCGUCCGUAGACUAACUCCAUUUACUGCCCCCACCAACUUAUCUGUCCUGGAUACAGAUAUUGCUAGUCCUUUUCGGCAACUGCUGCUUAGUCACCCCAACAUAAUUAACGCCCAGUUUCGCAGUGGUGAAGUUCAACAUGAUGUUGUGCACCAUAUCCGCACCUCAGGUCCUCCCGUGUUUGCUCGACCGAGAGGACUAGCAUCGGAGCGUUUUCAGGCCGCGAAGGCGGAGUUUGAACACAUGCUGCAACUGGGAAUAAUUCGACCGUCCGAGAGCCCUUGGGCGUCCCCAUUGCACAUGGUGCCCAAGGCAACAUCAGGCGACUGGCGGCCCUGUGGUGACUAUCGCGCCCUCAACAAUGUGACCAUCCCGGAUCGUUAUCCCGUCCCUCAUCUUCAAGAUUUUGCUGGAGCUCUUUUCGGCAAAUCGGUUUUCUCGAAGAUUGACCUUGUUCGGGCCUUCCAUCAGAUUCCUGUCGCUCCUGAGGAUGUUCCCAAAACUGCCGUCACCACACCAUUCGGCCUGUUCGAAUUUAUUCGCAUGCCAUUUGGUCUUCGCAAUGCUGCCCAAACAUUUCAGAGGUUCAUUGAUCGAGUCCUACGUGGUCUCCCGUUUGUGUACGCCUAAAUCGAUGACCUCUUGGUGGCCAGUCGAAAUGCCGAGGAACACAAAGAGCAUCUUGCCUUAGUGUUUGACCGCCUCGAUCAGUUUGGCGUGGUCAUUAACCCUUCCAAGUGUGUUCUGGGUGUGCCGUCCCUUGAUUUUCUUGGUCACCAUAUCGAUGCACAAGGUUUGCGUCCCCUCUCUUCCAAGGUUGAGGCCAUUCGUGACUUUCCUCCACCAACCUCCAAGCGUCAGCUGCAACGUUUCCUUGGCAUGGUAAACUUUUAUCGCCGGUUCCUACCGAACUGUGCCGACCUUAUGCUGCCACUCACCAACUUACUCUCUGGUCCCAAGGGUCCCCUUAAGUUACGUGGCCACGCGCUGACUGCAUUUAAGAGAAUAAAGACCUCCCUUGCUGAUGCUACCUAGCUCAAUCAUCCUGCUCCAGAAGCCCCAUUGUCCCUGAUGGUUGAUGCUUCGACCGUUGCCGUAGGAGCAGUCCUCCAACAGCAUAUCAACAACUCGACACGACCGUUGGCAUUCUUCUCCAAGAAGCUUUCACCUGCCGAGACGAGAUAUAGCACGUUUGGACGUGAACUUCUUGCCAUUUACCUAGCCGUAAAACAUGUCCGACUCUUCCUUGAGGGUCGUGACUUCACCAUUUUCACAGACCACAAACCACUUACAUUUGCCAUCCGAUCCCAUUCUGACAAAUAUAGCCCGAGAGAGAUUUCUCAUUUGGAUUACAUCUCGCAAUUCACCACCGACAUCCGCCACAUUGAUGGCCCGAAGAAUGAGGUGGCUGAUAUGCUGUCCAGACCCUCACUGUCUUCCCUCCAACUCUCACACGGGAUCGAUCUUUGUGCCAUGGCGGCUGAGCAGCAGCGAGUCGGUUGUCCUGUCGACGAGUCUGUUAGUGGUCUCCAACUCAAAGACGUUCCUCUGACCACCGGCUCUGGUACCAUACUUUUGUGA